CAAACAUUGUUAUCGUUUUUUUCCAGUAUAAUGAAAAUGAGAAGCUAACUACUCAGUUGCUCAUUGGCUACUUGUUUCUGACCUGUCAGUCAAACAAUUUGCGGGAACGAGUCGCUUAAUUCUACAUCGUUAAUACAAACUGAUGAAUCUGUUUUAUGGUAAAAUACACCUCCUUCUUCUUGUUUGUGGGUUCUCCUCUAGAAAACAAUGGCUUGUGUACAACGCCAAAGAACCUCACAGGACACUCAGCUGUUGCCUAAUCAGGUUCUCUCAGAGCAGCAGUCCCUGGUCGUUAUAAAGAAGCUUCUGGCAAUCGCAGUGUCUGGCAUUACAUACCUCCGAGGGCUUUUCCCGGAGAAAGCAUUUGGGGACAAAUAUGUUGAUGAUCAGAAAGUGAUGAUCCUUAGAGAGGAGCGCAGCUGUCCCGGGGCCAGUCAGAUUGUCCAGUGGAUGCAGGGAUGUUUUGAGGCCAUCCAGAAGAAAUACCUCCGGUCUGUUAUUAUGUCUAUCUACACUGACCAAGACAGUCCCCAGAAAGUGACUGAGUUUUACCACUUCAGGAUACUGUACAACACACAAGGAGUGCAGAUGGACUUUGAAAGCUACAACAACAACAACAAAACGUCAACGGUGUCCUGCGGUGACACUAAGAAGGCCAGCAUCCUCCUGGUGAGGAAGCUUUACACUCUGAUGCAGAACCUGGGUCCUCUGCCGGACAACAUCUUCCUCAACAUGAAGCUGACCUACUACGAGGAUGUUACCCCUCAGGAUUAUCAGCCACCGGGCUUCAAGGAGGCCGACAGCGCCACCAUGGAGUUUGACAGAGAGCCAGUGAAACUGACUAUGGGCGAAGUCUCCACCCCUUUCCACACUCUGAAGAUGGACAUGGCAACUGAGAGACACAGACUGGAGCAGGUGGAGGAGAGUGUUAACGUAACAGAGAAGUGGGUUCUGAAGAUGGAGGAUGAGGGCGUCCUUUCACAGAGCCACGUGAUUGAAGACGUGGAGAGGCCUGACACUGAAAACACAGACUUGGACAACACUGAAACCCAGAUUAGCUGUGAUGAGAAGAUCAACAGCUGCGAAGACGUCACAGAGGUGGAAACUCUGGUGAAGAGGACCUCUGACAUGGAGGUGGGGCUGAAGAGGAUGAGAAGUGGACGCAUCAUCUCCUCCACCGUGGAGACAAGUGUCAACGUAAACAAAUCGGCAGAAAAACUGAUUUCUCAGUACGACAUCCCCAACAGCCAGGAAAAAGGGUCCACGUCAGCAACUAAGAAGAAACGCAAAUUCAGCGAGCCCAAGGAGCGCUUUUGACCUCACAGCACCCUGCAAACACAGCAGCACUGCUGCCUCACUUCACACACUUAAUGUUUUUUGU